CAGGAGACCAUGUCUCACACCAACCACACGGGUACCUCCUUCUUCUUAGCAGGCCUCCCAGGUCUGGAGGCUGUGUAUGCCUGGCUCUCCGUCCCUCUGUGUGCCAUGUAUGUGGCAUCUGUGGCAGGGAACAGCCUGAUCCUGUGGGUGGUGAGAUCAGAGCCCUCUUUACAUCAACCCAUGUACUAUUUCCUGUCCAUGCUGGCCGUGACAGACCUGGGCCUGUCUGCUUCCACCCUGCCCACCAUGCUCGCCAUCUACGCGUUGGGUAUCACGGAAGUGGCAGUGGAGGUGUGCUUGGCUCAGCUCUUCUUCAUCCACACCUUCUCCAUCAUGGAGUCUUCUGUUCUGCUGACCAUGGCCUUUGAUCGUUUUGUAGCCAUCAGCAAUCCCCUGCGCUAUGGCACCAUCCUCACCGGCCCACGCAUUGCUGGCUUGGGCGGGGCCAUCGUGGCUCGCAGUGUCAGUCUGCACAUCCCAGCGCCCAUCAUGCUCAAGAAGCUGCCCUAUUGCCGGCGUGGACAGCUUUCCCACUCCUACUGCCUGCACCCAGACGUCAUGAAGCUGGCCUGUGCUGACACCCGGAUCAACAGUGCCUAUGGUCUCUUUGUCGUGCUGUCCACGCUGGGGACAGACUCGGUUCUCAUUGUGCUCUCCUAUGGGUUGAUCCUCCGGACCGUGCUGUCCAUCGCCUCCAAGACCGAGCGCCUGAAAGCCCUCAACACCUGUGUCUCCCACAUCUGCGCAGUGCUGCUCUUCUACAUACCCAUGAUCGGCCUGUCCAUGAUCCACCGGUUUGGAAGGCGAGCUUCCCCUUACAGCCGGCUGCUGCUCUCUUAUCUGCAUUUCCUCACGCCCCCGGUACUCAACCCUGUGGUUUACACUAUUAAGACCAAGCAGAUCCGACUGAGGAUAAUGCGCCUCUUCAGGCCCGGUGCGAGGGGUGUAAGAGAUAGUCAGAGUCAUUAA